AUGACUGAAUCAGCUCAAACACGUGCCCAAACCGCCAUGAAGGAAGCUCUUCUUCAAGACAUCGAAUCAAGUUUCGGACCACGAUUCGAUGAAGUUUUCCAACAUAACCAAGACCUAGAAGCUAGGAUGGACAAGAAACUCAAUAAGUUGGAAACAGACCUCUCGGAUAUGUUUGCUGUUAUUCGCAAAAUCUCCGAAACUCGCGAUUCAUCCUCCACCCCACCUUCCGUCACCAAAAACAACCCUCCGUUACUCCCAACCCCAACUAUUCCUCAUGACCCUAAUCGUGGCCGCCACUCUUCUCCGCACAACUACUCCGGCAUGACCAGACUUGCCAAGCUAGACUUUCCUCGGUUUAACGGUGACAAACUUAAAGAAUGGCUGUUCAAAGUUGAACAAUUCUUCUCCAUUGACAACACACCCGAUGAUUUACGAGUCGGCAUCGCUUCCAUCCACUUCGACGGUCUUGCCUCGGCUUGGCAUCAAUCCCUCGUUCAAUCGGACAUGCAACCGUCAACACUCCUUGAUUGGUCGUCCUAUAAGCUUCUUUUAUAUGAAAGAUUUGAUGAUCUUUUAGAUGACCCUGUUGCAGAGCUGAAAAACUUACAAGAAACAGAUGGUAUUGUUGAAUACCAUGGCAGAUUUGAACUUCUACGUACACGUGUGAACUUCUCGGAGGACUAUUUGGUUCGCCACUACCUAGCCGGGAUCCGCACCGAUACACAAAUGCAUGUCCGUAUGUUCCAACCAAGUAUGGUUCGUCAAUGUUUACUUCUUGGAAGGCUGUAUGAAAAAGCUCAUCCAAAGAAACCUUACACCUCCAAUUGGUCACAAAACCGUCCCACCUCUACGAACCGAAGUCUUAUACCCUUUAAGAAAGAUCUCGAGCCGAAAAGUAGCUUCGCUACCCCACCAGAUCGACCUAAAAACCCAUUACCUUUCCUUACCAACGCACAGAUGGCUCAACGCAGAGCUGAUGGCCUUUGCUACUACUGUGACGAACAAUAA